AUAAAAUAUUCAAAAAUAAAAAGGCAAGAUGGAAAUUUAAAGUAGCAAAACCACAACAUACUUUUAAAUAUAUCAGUACGUCAUAACGAGUGAUAAAUUUGAUGAACACAUACUUAUAGAGAUAUUUUCUUUUAUCAGUAGUAUUUACGUACCGGUUCUGUAGGGGACGGUUGUGUUUAUCGCGCAAUUCCAAUUAAAUUUGUUUGGUACAGUAGUGUGUUUUGUUUUCGGUGCACUGAAACUUGAUUUUUUUAAAAGUGUUACAGUGAUCUUUUGUGUUAUAACGUAUGUUAUAUUUGUUAGAAAACAUUGUAUGUGUAAAUAAUAAUGAACUUAUCGUUUGCGGGUUGUGGUUUUCUUGGCAUAUAUCAUGUUGGAGUAUCAGUUUGUCUUAAAAAGUAUGCACCGCAUUUGCUGUUAGGGAAUAUAUCAGGUGCUUCUUUUGGAGCAGUGUCUGCUUGCUGUUUGCUCUGUGAUCUGCCGAUAGGGGAAAUUACAAGUGAUGUCUUGAGGAUAGUUGGUGAAGCGAGGGCUGGCUCCCUUGGGCCUUUCAGUCCAUCAUUUAACAUUCAAAAUGUACUCCUGGAGAGCAUGGAGCGAUACUUACCCACUGACGCUCACAAAAUCGUUAGUGGGAAACUUCAUAUCUCACUCACGAGAGUCUAUGAUGGGAAGAAUGUUAUAGUAUCGAAAUUUGCGACUCGGGAAGACUUACUACAGGCGUUGCUAGCAUCAUGUUUCGUGCCAGUAUUCUCUGGGAUGCUUCCGCCAAAGUUCCAUGGGAACCGGUACAUGGAUGGAGGUUUUAGUGACAAUCUGCCUGUCUUGGACGAAAAUACCAUUACUGUUAGCCCAUUUUGUGGUGAAAGUGAUAUCUGCCCGAGGGAUUUGAGUUCGCAACUAUUUCAUGUAAACUUAGCAAAUACGAGUAUAGAACUAUCUAAGCAGAACAUGAACCGUUUCGCCCGCAUUCUAUUUCCUCCUAAACCAGAGGUACUGAGCAAUAUGUGCAAACAAGGAUUCGACGAUGCACUGCGAUUCUUACAUAGGAAUAAUAUGAUUACAUGCACUCGAUGUUUAGCCGUACAGUCAACAUAUCAAUUGCAAGAUGUCUUAGAUGACACUUCCUUCGAAUAUGACCCAGACUGCGAAGAAUGCAAAACACAUCGAGAGGACGCCCUAGUAGAUGACCUACCAGAUACGGUGAUGACGAUAUUCCAAAACGCGAUAGAUUCCGCCAACAACGGCCUUGUCAAUUGGGUGAUGCAGCAACGCGGCAUGCGCGCCGUCUCACUGCUAACGUUGCCUUACCGCGUGCCCGUUGACGUCAUGUAUGCUACAUUUACCAAGUUCGUAGCAUGCACUCCGAAGAUGAGCAAGUCACUGUGGAAACUGAGUUGGCGUCUCAUCAGACAAUUGCACGGGUUUUUAUAUUCCGCCCAUGAUCGUUCAGAAGCCGCCAGAGUGUAUUACAAGUUGACAAUGGAUAAAGAUGAACACCGAUUGGAUAAAAGACGUGCGAGCCAAGUGUGCAUAACAUAUGGGGACCGAGAUGUACUCCCUGAGGCAGACACAUUUGAACACAUUCUUAACGUAACCAACCACAACGAUGCGUUAUUGGCCUAUUACUACCUUGACAGUGAUAAUAAGAUGAAAAUGACAGAGAUCUAUGACGUAACUGAUGCGGACACAGAUGCCGUGCAGUCGCCGGAUGAACGAGAUCUCAACAAACAACUCGAGUUUGACAACGAUUGGUCUGGCGACUUUUUGGCUGAAGAAGUGGAAGAUAUAGAAAUAGAAGAAUUAGAGAGAAGUAUAUUUUCUGAAACGGAAAGUGAGUGGCGAUCGAAUAUGGAUGAAUCCGAACACGAAUCGGAUCAACCGGAAUCCGAUAGACCAAUAUUGGAACAGAUAGAUUGCGAAAGGUUAGCUAAAACGGUGAACAAGCGGGCAGUGAUCUUGACUAACUUCAUGCUGAGCAAUCUAGUAGAGGCGACGUCACAACUUCUAUCAAACACGACGCUAUUGACGUCAUUUCUACUCGAGGGUCUCCCUUUGAAAAUACCAUAUUUAAAUCCUAUUUGCGAGGCGUUACUAGCCAACAAUACACUCCAGCAUCUUUAUCUUCCUCGAUGUUUGAUCGGCGACGCAGGUUGCCUAGCAAUAUGUAAGGCGAUUCGAAGUUUGCCAAACAUUCUCACUCUUGACCUUAGCGGCUGCGAACUUACACCACUGGCUGCCGGAUAUAUUGCUGAUUUAGUUAAGUACCAAAAAAUUCACCGCUAUAGUGAGAAUUGGGUUCAUACUUUGCGGUAUCGUUUACCUGAACUCGACACGAUGGCUGGACUACGACGGAUCACGGUAAAUAGUAACCCUCUUGGAGACCAGGGUGUAAGAAAACUGUUGGAUGUGUUAGCUGAUGACCUAUGGAUUAAAGCAUUUGAUGUCCAAAACUGUGGUCUAUCAGACGACUGUGCAGCUAUGGCGUUACAAACUAUGAGUUCUAAUACAACCCUCGUGGUUUUGGACAUGAGGCAUAACGCUAUUGCUAGUGAGUUCCUCUCAAAGAUACGAGCUGCUCUGAGAGAAAAUGAAAGAGGCGCUGGAGGAAUGUAUUCCUGGCUUAGUGUAAGUGGAAGUUCAACAGACGCUAGAUCGGUGAAAAAUGUAGUUACCAAAAAUGGAAUAAUCAAAGACCGAGUCGCGUCUAAUGUCAGAAAUGCGCCAAACAAAUACACGAACAAAAACAGUGCAGUAAAGAAAGAGAAAGAUUACUCGGAAGUGCUGGAGGAACAGCUCCAAGAGGAGAUAUCUCAUCGACAACAGCUAGAGGAGCUAAACUUGCAGCUGGUAGAACAGAUGAAACAAAUGAAGCGGCAGCAGAUGCAGCUGUGGGCCAAUAACACGUCAUCGGGUUCGGAACAAUCAUUCCAAGCAAGCUCGCACUCCGGAGACCUCUCCAGUAGCACGGAGUCAUCUAGUUCAGUUCCGAUAGACCAGAACACGCUGUCCUACAUUCAGCAGGCCUUUAAGGAUAUUUACGCCUUUAUCAAGAAUAAUCAAUGUCACGGUCAAUGCGAAGAAAAGUUAAAAAAAGAAGAAUCAUCGCCGUCAGAAUCUCCCGUGUCAGAUCGGGAUACUGAAUUGCGUAUCAACAUCGGGCCGAAACGAGCACAGAGCACACAUAUAAAGCUUCUAGAAAAUCACACCAGGAAUAAAACAACGAAAUCGGCGCACUUACUGGGCGACGGAUUUAGAGAUUCUGCUGAAGUGAAACCGGAGAUGUUUGAAAGGCAAAUGGGAGACACGAUGAAUUCAAACUAUGAGUGCAAGAAGAAAAUCCUUGACGAUAUUCCUACAGGCCAGAGAGACAAGAAAAAGGGAAAAUAUGAAUCAAGUCCGUCUAGUUCCGGCGUCAGUGAUUCGUCCGAUACGCUUGUAUGUUCACCGCACGCCACAUCACUAAACCCACGAGAUGCACUUUACUCCUCAUCAGAUGAAGAUUAAAACGGGAAACUUUAUAUGUUUGUUAAAUAUUUUGUAAAGAUUAAAUUUGUUUAUUUAUA